AAUGCAGCUUGUUACUACAGAGUAAUUACUCCUCACUGACUCAGUAACUGCUGCUGUGUGUUGCAUUCACGGUCACUCUGGAACAGGAAACAGCAGCAUAGUAAUUAUAUGAUUGUAUCACCACAGUUCGUUAAACUGCUCUAACCGACGGCUGUCAUGACCUCAAGAAUAGUGUUUGGGGCGAACUGGUCACCAGGGUGGGGCAUACUGGUUUGUUGUUGCUCUGCCUGUGUCCCGUGACAAUCCUCUGUGACGAGACGAGAAAUGCUGAAUCAAUAGCCCGGAGCAUGACAGACAGUCACACCAGUCUGAAACUCAUUUCCCGAUCCGAGAUAGUUGUGUCUCUCAGCUUUCACCCAGACACUGCUACUUGCGCUUUGUACGGAGCUUUGUCUGCGUACAGCUAGUAAGGGUCGACAAAAGGCAACGCAUUGAUUGUGACAGAUGGGCUUUUGUGUGAAAUCUACGACUCACCACCAACAUGACCUCCAGCGUCACACGUAGAGUAGUGCGUACGGGUGGGAGUUGUCUGCUGAAACGCAUUGUUGUGUUGGGGGAUGAGCCGUCCGUGCUGCUCGCGCUGCUGAGUGCUCCUGGUCGGCUGUGGCUAGCCAGCGACUCUAGCCUAUGAAUGGUCCACAAAGCAGAUAACCGUGUGUUCUCUGUUGAAUCCAAAACCGAAACUUCACGGGCACCAAGCUGGCCUGUUUCUUAUUUUACUAGUAGCUGAACAGAGCCCAGUAUCGCCCGUUGGAUGAGAACACUGUGUACGGAAUUAGAGCCACUUAGCAGGCCAUAUCGCCAUUGCUUUGUACGGCUGCUGGGUAGCUACCGUCUUCCUCAACUAGCAAAACUGUGCGUGAACCCGAGCAACACGGAGCGCCAAGAUGAAAAAGAAAGCUCGGCAGCACCGUGUUGCGGUGCAGCAGAGGCCGCCCUCUCCUAUCAAGCCUUCUCCCAACAAGCAGAUCCUGACUUACGCCCAGGCGCAGCGCAUGGUGGAGUUCGAUGUCGAUGGCCGCCUCCAUCGCAUCAGCAUAUACGACAGGCUGGACGUGGUCUCGGAUGAUGACCCCUUGAUGCAGGAGAUGAUGGAGUGCACCAGCAAUAAGGAGAAUACUGAGAAACCACAGCAGCAGGUCCUCCUGAGGUCCGUCAGGCUAAAAAACAACCAGGAGAAGAGAAACGCUGCGCUGGGCAUCACCAGUCAUGGAGAGGGAAGUGGACAUCAGGCUGCUGGUAAUCCCGGUCCAAAACUUCAAGAACCUAAAUUUCGUACAGUGGAGUAUAACCUUCCAGCAGUUCCCAAACGCUCAUCUGCCUUUUACAAAUACACGGAGAAAACGGAGGAAGAGCUGGACGAGGAAACUGAGUAUGACAUGGAUGAGGAAGAUUAUGCCUGGCUGGAAUUGGUGAACGAAAAGCGGAGAAGCGAAGGGGUCAGUCAGGUCUCUCACAAUGUCUUUGAGUUCCUUAUUGACCGCUUUGAGAAGGAGUUGCACCUGGAGAGUCUGGAUCAAAGUAGCGAAAAGCAAGCUCCCAUCGAUGAGGACGCCGCCUGCUGCAUCUGCAUGGACGGAGAGUGUCACAACAGCAACGCCAUCCUGUUUUGUGACAUGUGUAAUGUGGCCGUUCACCAGGAAUGUUACGGUGUGCCCUACAUUCCUGAGGGCCAGUGGCUAUGCAGACACUGCCUCCAGUCACCCAACCAGCCUGCAGACUGCAUCCUUUGUCCUAACAAGGGUGGGGCAGUGAAAAAGACAGACGAUGACCGCUGGGGUCACGUGGUGUGCGCUCUCUGGGUCCCCGAGGUUGGCUUCUCCAACACCACCUUUAUCGAACCCAUCGAUGGUGUCAGCCACAUUCCUCCAGCCCGCUGGAAGCUCACCUGCUACCUCUGCAAGGAGAAAGGCGUAGGGGCGUGCAUCCAGUGCCACAAGGCCAACUGUUACACCGCCUUCCACGUCAGCUGCGCCCAAAAGGCUGGUCUCCAUAUGAAGAUGGAGCCGAUCAAAGAGGUAACGGACACCGGGGAACCCACGUUCUCUGUGAAAAAGACGGCCUACUGUGGAGCUCACACACCUAACGGGUGUGUGAGGAGGCCUGUUGCAAUAUACGAUGAUGCCAAACCCAAAAAUGGACUAUGUAAGAAAGUGGACAAGGGAAGAGGUAAAGGACAGUCAAAAGGAAAGAAGAAGAGUAAGAGUAAGAAACCUGAACCUGAACCAGAACCUGAAAGUGAAGCUGCGACCCCUGCUACUGUGCCUACGUUUCCUUCUCACAGGUUACAAACCAUUCUGAACCAGGUGUCAGUCCAGAAGAAGAAAGCAUUUGUGGAGCUGGUCCUAAAUUACUGGACACUGAAGAGGCAAUCCAGGAAUGGGCUUCCCCUCAUCAGACGGCUUCAGACAAGCAUACAGUCUCAGAAGCAUGCACAACCGAGGCAGAGCGAGGAGGAGAGCAGGGCACUGAAGGAACAGCUGAAGGAGUGGCAUCGUCUCCGACACGACCUGGAGAGAGCCCGGCUGCUGCUGGAGCUAAUCCGCAAGAGGGAGAAGCUCAAGAGGGAGGAGAUUAAACUGCAGGAGGCCCUCCUGGAGAUACAGUUGAGUCCCUUCAGUAUUUUGCUCCGAGCUCUCUUGGACCAGCUCCAGACGAAAGACCAGGCCAAGAUCUUCACCCAGCCGGUUGAUGUCAAUGAGGUGCCUGACUACCUCGACCACAUCAAGCACCCGAUGGACUUCUCCACCAUGCGGCAGCGCAUUGACGCACAGGCCUACAACAACUUUGAGCAGUUUGAGAGUGACUUCAACCUCAUUGUUGAUAACUGCAUGAAAUAUAACUCAAAGGACACCUAUUUCUACCGGGCUGCCGUUCGCCUCCGAGACCAGGGCGGGUCCCUGCUCAGGAAGGCCCGGCGAGACGUGGAGAAAAUCGGCUUCGACUCAGAAAGCGGCAUGCAUCUGGCCGAAGCUCCUGAAAUCAAAACACCAGCAUCCUUUUCUUGGGAGGACGUGGACCGCCUACUAGUGCCAGCCAAUCGGGGGCAUCUGUCUCUGGACAAGCAGCUGCAGCAGCUACUGGAGAAGUUCGACCUGACCUGCGCCAUGAAGUCCAGCCCCUCCCGCAGCAAGCGCAUGAAGCUGCUCAAAAAGACCAUCAACGACGUGCGCAACGAAAUGAGCCUAAAGAGAGUCCUACCGUCCCACCACCACCAUCACCACCACUCUUCCUCCUCCACAGCUCCCUCAACUUCAUCUUCAGCAGCUGCCUCCCAACCAGAGAUUAGUCAAGCUAAAGAAGAGAGUUUGAAGCCCAAUGGACAUUUUCCAGAUGAUGAGGGAGACAAGUCUCUUCCUCCCAAACUGGAGCCCUCAGACUCCAUUCCCCCUCUCAUCCACUCAGACGCAGACUCCGAGCCCCCCACCCUCAAACCAAUUGACGCCGCGCCUGACUGUGAAGACAAGCAUCCCAGCAAGCGUGUCAAGUUCGACGGCGAAAUACCAGACUUGCUCUCCUCAGCUCCGCGCCUCAACGGCCACUCCCAUGACAGCCUCCAGAGCUCGCUGCUGGACGGGGACGUGAGCGUGGUGGCCACGUCGACCCUCGCGGAGCCCACGGGCACGGUUAACCGCCGGACGGCCGUGCUCUUCCGCAAGUCGAAGGCCGCCAGCCCGCGCAAGCCCCCGAGGAGCGGAGACGAGGGGGCAGACGGAGCUGACAGAAAAGAGAGCAAGGCGGAGGAGGAUGAAGACGGUGCACAGCUGGGCUCCAAAUCCUUCCUGUCGGUGGUCAUUCCCAGGCUGGAGACGCUACUUCACAGCAAGAAGAGGAAGCACAGCGGCAGCAGAGACAGCGAGGAGGAGGGGGGAGGAGAGGGGGAGCAUGAAGAGGAGGGAGAGUCCUCUGUGAAACGACUUGACACUGGCUUGUCGAGCGGUUUUCUGGAGGAGGAAGAGGAGAAGGAGCUAGAAGACUCUAGUAGAGCCAGUAGACCUGUGGAGCCACGAAGACGCUGUGCCUCUGAGUCCUCCAUCUCCUCAUGUAGCAGUCUGCCAGGAAGCACCAGCACAAUUCUCAGUCUUCCAAAAUGUGGGAAAGGGAAACCCGCCUUGGUCCGGAGAAACACUGUGGACGAUAAGAGCGAAUUAAUCGCCUGCAUCGAAACCGGGAAUUUUGCAAAAGCUGCACGGAUUGCUGCAGAGGUUGGCAACAGCAAUAUUUGGAUGCCCGCUAGUGCUGCAACAGUUGCAUUGGAACCCCUAAAGCUAGUUUGGGCCAAAUGUAGUGGAUACCCUUCCUACCCUGCCUUGAUCAUCGACCCCCACAUGCCGCGCGUGGGCUGCCAGCACAACGGGGUGUCCAUCCCCAUGCCCCCCAUGGACGUGCUCCGCAUUGGAGAACAGAUGCAGUACAAAGCCGAAGAGAAACUCUACCUCGUCCUCUUCUUCGACAACAAGCGCAGCUGGCAGUGGCUUCCUAGAUCCAAGAUGGUUCCUCUGGGAAUGGACAAGACCAUAGACAAAAUCAAAAUGAUGGAGGGGCGCACAUCCAGCAUUCGUAAGGCUGUCCAGAUCGCCUUCAGCCGUGCCAUGAACCACCUGAGCAUAGUGCAGGACGAGCCAGUCAGCGACCUCAGUGACGUGGACUGAUGACACUCGCUGACUUUCUCUCUCCUCACUCACAAACUUGUACCUCUCCUGUACCAAAUACCUUCCUCUGCCCCCCUCCAACACUCUCUCUGUCUCUGCAGGAGACUCAAAUGUUUACCGGGCACCUGCUGUAACAGGUGGUGUCUCUUCCUCAUCCAUUCCUACUCGCACACACUCCUACCACGUGCUGAUGGGAUAUGGCUGCUGCUGAAAUGAAUGUGUCUAUCUAUCCUCUCCACCUCCAGGCUUGUAACUGUGCUUAGAGACUGCUCUUUAUGUCCUCCCUCUGUCACUCACUCCACCAAUCAUGACUGUCGUUUUCAUUCAUCAUUUCAAGGCAAAAACGUUAGUGAUUGAUUUCAUACAUUUUGGUAGCCUUACCAAAGGUGUCAUAACGUCAGGACUUUGUAGUAAAACAAGAAAUAAAUACAGAUGUUACCUCUUAUCUGUAGUGCUAUUUAUCAGUCUAGAUUGUUUCGUUGUGAGUUGUCGAGUGUUGAAGGUAUCAGCUGUAGAUUGUGUGUGAUUGUCAGGGUAAUUGCCAUUAAGUGUAGCUAAGGCUAGAUAGCUUCUACUUUACCUAGGGGGCUUCUGUUGCCUGUGACCGGUAUUUUCCUGAGGCUCUGCACGAAGGACGGAGAGCAACAUUUCAUCCACCACAAGCUUCAUUACUUCUUUCUAGCUACAGCUGUCCACGAGUAAAAUCCAGUUGUUGUUUAGCCAGAGCAGGACUACAGCCAACCGUCACGUUGUUGUGUUCUCGGUUGCAAUAGCUAAGGUGUUUCAGAUCGGAGGUUUGAGGACGUGUUUUUCGUAGUGGAAAGAGUUUUAGUCCAACUAUCUCGACACUACGACUACUUCCUUACUGCCCAACACUGAACAGAACUAAAUGGCACUCUGCGUUUGGUCCUCAAAAAGCGGCAAAAAUAAAUUUGAAAAUCUCAGCAGCAAUGUCUCUUUCCAGAAAUCAUGACCCAGUUGCUCAAGAUAAUCCACUGAACUUGUUGUGAGCAGUUUCAUGUAGGAACUAUUUUCUUUCUACCAAACUGCGCAGAAGGAAGUGUGCAUCUACUCGUGGAUGAGAUGUCGACAUUUAUGGCAGAAGGAAGUGUGCUGUAGAUGCACUCCUCGGUUAGCCGAUGUAAUUUGGUAGAAAGAAAAUAAUUCCUACAUUACCUUGAGUAUCCAGGUCCUAAUUUCUGGCAAGAGACAUUAGGUGUUUCAGGACCAGAGGAACUUUUUCAUUCUUCAAAGAACCCCCCUUUUUGUAGUGUCGGUAUCACAAGAAUUAGGAAUGAUCGUAGUUUUUGAAACGCCGCUUUGAGGGACUUUUUUAGCUCUUAGAGUAGGUACUUUAGGAACCAUGAUCAACGUGAGUGGACAGGUAUUGGUCCAGACGACAUAGGUGUACAUUGAUUGGUUGAACACAUCCAAUGCAGCACUGGCAACCGCCAUUUUUUUAAAGCCCAUUAGCCGUGCAAACAACAGAUAACACAGAAUACAAACAACCGUUGGUAAUGGCAAAAUUAAUGGAAGAAAAUACGCAAAUGGACAAACACCUAAGUUACUGAGCAUAUAUGUAACAAUAGAAAUACAAUCUAGACUGAUAAGUAGCACUAUGGGUAAGAGGAAACAUGUAUUUUUGAUUUUGUGGUGAACUGCCACCUCAACACAGACUGUUAAAUUUUGGCUGUAGCUAACCAGUCCGUUAUUUUGGCAGGUAGCCGAUCAUCAUUUCUGUUACACGUUAUUAAAAAAAGAAGUAUCUAGUAGCUGUUGAAUUAACUGAUGUGGACAAAAACCAACAUUUCUUGCCCCGUGUGAAGGCUUUUCAGUUGUAACCAAAGCUUACGUUAUGUUAAGGUCACAUUUGCAUUCUGGUCCUCUCCAUUUGAAAAUACCUUCCUUUGUAUUUAAACUGUAAAUAAUCUGUACAGCUGCCUGACACUAACUUAUUUUGUAGUUUUGACAUCAAUGGGUACUGUACAGGAGUUUUCUUAGUAUUUAUACUUGAUGCAUUCUCGGCACUAACAUGUUAGUGCUAUUUUGACAGUGCUGUAUGAACAAGAAGAAUAAAAAAAAAGGUGCAAAAGCCUUAGUAUUAAUGAGAUUAGGGCUAAAAAUGUCAUGUUUCUGAAAAGUAUGAAAGUAUUCCCUUCUUUUUUUAAGUUAUUGAAGUUUAUAAUCAUAAGCUUCCAUUUGGCAUUAAUCCUUUUUGUAUUAAAAAUAGUUUUAGUAUAUUUUUGUUCAUAUAUAUUUAUAUGAUUUGAAUACACGGUUAUCCAGUAUGUAAGUCUCUGAAGCUCAUACAGGCAGUCUGAUGUUGUGGACCCAGAACGUAUAUUGUUCUCAAGAAACCAAAAAUGUUGCUACCCAGAAGUUUUUUGCCGAUUCAUUUUUUUCUGUGUGACGUGUGAAAUUGUUGCCAAAAAAAGAAAACAAAAAAGAAAAAAAAGUAAAGUGUAUUUUUAUGUGAUACAUCUGACUGUUACUUGGUUUUGCUGUAGUCGUAGGGAGACGUGCCUGCGGUAACUUAUUGUAAAGUAUUUGCAUUACUUUAUAUCCAAGGAAAGACGUGCAAACUGAUUGUGGUAAAGUGGCACAUUUUGUGGUGGAAACUUGCCUUCUUUUUAAGUAACCUUUUUCUAACUUUUUUUGUAGUUGUAGACUUCAAGACAUUUCAUUUUAUACUAUUGCCUAUUUUUUUUCUGGGUAGCAUUGGGUAGUUUUGGUAUAUUUCAUUUUGUACUUAACUGUAGUAGUUUUUUUAAUCAGGUCAUAUGAAAUAUUGCUGGGACUGUUUUUUUCUAGCAAAAAAAUAAAAGAUACAAA